AUGAAGCUUAUCGAGUCUGAGAGAGCACGUGCUGUGAGUUUCUCAAAAAGAAAAAAAACUUUGUUUGAGGAUGCAAAGAAGUUUGCAACUCAGACCGGUGCAGAUGUUGCUCUGAUGCUCUUUUCACCAGGUGGAAAACCAUAUUCCUGUGGUUCCACAAGCGUAGAAGAUAUAAUUGAAAAUUUUCUCAAAAUGAAAGUAGAGGAACCCCGGCGUCAUUAUGUUGAGGGUGAAUUAAAAGAAAUACCUCAAGAUAAACAUAUGGAGGAGCAGAAGUUGGCAUUGAAGUUGCGGGUAGAGAAUAUUAAAAAAGAAACACUAAAUUCUAUUUUGAAGGAGCAUCUGAAAUUUGAUUUAAAUGUUGCCCCUGAGCCAGAAGAUGAGGAGGAAUAUUGA